AUGUCUACUCAAAAGCCCACACUAGAAAUUCCGGUCAUCGACAUCAGUGGUUUCCUCCGAGGGGACGACGAUGCGAAGAAAGCCUGUGCCUUGGAACUGCGCUCCGCUCUCGAGAAUGUUGGGUUCUUUCAGAUUUGCGGCCACUCAGUGAGUUCCGACCUUCAAAAGCGGUUCAUUCAAAGCAUUGCGGAUUUCUUCGCUCUCCCACAGACCGAGAAGGAUAAGAUCGGCCAAGAUAAAUCCCCUUGCAACCGGGGCUACGAGGCGAUCGGCGUCGAGAGGCUGGAAGAGCUGGAGGACAACAGCCAGCUUGAGAAGAAGGAAGGGUUCACUGUGCGAUGCGAAAGGCCUCUUGGGCGAUUCAUGACGGGACCAAAUCAAUGGCCUGAUCCUAGUCUGCCUGGUAUGAGUAACUUUCGGGAGACGUAUAUGGAGUACUAUGCAGCCAUGCACCAAUUGAGCAAAAGCAUGUUCCGACUCAUGGCUCUAAGCCUGGAUCUCGACGAACAUUACUUCGACGCCUUUGCUGCCGACCCCGACGGCAUUCAACUCUGUCGAUCCCACAGAUACCCUGCCUCGCCCAACGGCACCUCCGAACGGGGCCGUGGCAUUGGCGCACAUACCGACUUUGGCGCCCUGACUCUGCUUCUUCAAGAUGAUAUCGGUGGACUCGAAGUUCUCGACAAGCUAACUGGGACAUGGCACCCUGUCGUCCCAGUCGAAGGUGCCUAUGUGAUCAACAUUGGUGACUUGAUGCAGCGGUGGACAAACGACAGGUACCGUAGCACCAUGCAUCGGGUGUGGUCGCCUGUCUCGAACAAGGCUCGGUACUCGGUGGCUUUCUUCAACGACGGGGCAUUGGACACAGUCAUUGAAGCCAUCCCGACAUGUGUCCCGGCUGGUGAGAAGCCGAAGUAUGGGCCGCUCAAGACAGAAGACCAUCUGAUCAGGCGGUACAAGCAGAGUUAUUCUCUGGGUGGAGCAGAUAUCAAAACUCCUUCGCACUCACCUGUGUCGAAGAUCGACAGUGUAGUGCAACCUCGAGAGAUUGUGGCUUAG